AUGCCAUCUGUCCUCCUCUUUGGCGCAACCGGUCUCAUUGGAGCCCGACUGGCGGCCGACAUCAAGAAGGCUCAUCCAGCCUGGCCCUUGACUGCCUUCUACCGCAAUACGGCCGUGGAUGACUAUUUCACGACCACGGCGAAAGCCGAUCGCAUCGUCCAUGGGUCAUUCUCCGACACAGACCUCGUCCGAUCGCUGAGCAAAGAGCAUGAUAUCGUCAUCAAUGCUGCGACCUCUUUCGACGGAUCCUUUGUCGACCUGGUCAUCUCGGGCAUGGAAGAGCGACCGGAAACCAACAAAGGCACCCUGAUUCACAUCAGCGGAACCGGCAACUUCAUCGAUCUCGGAACGACAGGCAACUUCAACCCCGAGAGCAAAGUCUGGAACGACGACGAUGUCCAAGACAUCAAACUCAUCAACAAGAACAUGUUCAACGGCCCAACCGACGUUCCUAUAUUGGAGGCCGGCCAGCGAGGCAAGAUUGUGACGUACAUUGUCUGUCUGGCAGUGACGUACGGACAGAACGUCCUCGGGCCAAAAGCGAAUUUGGGAAUCGCCUAUUCGAUCUUCACGGGUCUCGCGAAAGGUCUUGGAUUCGUUCCAUACAUCGGCGAAGGAACCGGCCUGGUCAGCACGGUUCAUGUCGAGGAUGCGAUUCCUUUCCUCACAAAGAUAGUCGGUGUUGCCGGUACCGAGAAGCCGCAGGGCAGCGCGUACGAGAGAUACUAUAUCCUGCACGGAGAGAGGCUGGCGUGGAGGGACUUUGCGGCUGCGCUGGCCCCAGUUUUGUAUGCCAAAGGGCAAAUUUCAUCGCCAGAACCGAAACGGGUUACCGUUGACGAGGCGGGCGAAGGAGAGGAGAAGCAUCUGCUCGCCGCCAACAUGCUUGUCAAGGGUGAUCGUGCAGCAAGAAUGGGCUUCAAGCCAACUCACGAGUCCAUGCUGACCGCCAUGAAGAAAGACCUGAGUGCACAUGAUUUCUAG